AUGCUCAUUCUGCGGCGACGAUUCGUGCCCAUUCCGAUUCGACUCACAGUAUGCACAUUCCCGGUUGAAUACUGCGAGUUCGGCUCGCAUAUUACGAAGUGCAAAGAAUGGCUGCAAGAUCAGCAUCCGGAUCUCUUCGACAAGUACUACUCCGAAGAGGCGCUGCAGACAAAGGUCGGGACACUUAGUCUGGAAGCGCAAUCGAAACUCGAGAAGGAUACGGCGGCUAAGGAGGCGAAAGCAGAGGCUAAGGCAGAGGCAGCACGGAAGAAAAAGAUGGGACUGAUUCUCUUCACCUGCAUGAUUCAUAUUGGGACUAUCCAGGCAUCCCAAGUAACGAUUAAGCGAAUAGAGCGAAACAAGCGCAAGUUCGUCACAGCUGUUCAUGGUCUCGAGGCAUUUGAUGUCGAUCUCAAGAAAGCGGCAAAAUUCUUCGCACAGAAGUUCGCCACAGGCGCGUCUGUGACUAAGAACGUGCAAGGGUUUGACGAGAUCGUUGUUCAAGGCGAUGUUUCCGGAGACAUCGUGGAAAUGAUCGAGGAAGGCGCUGGUAUCUUAAAGGGUGUGCCUAGCGACAAUGUCGUAGAAGUGGAAGAGAAGAAAAAGAAAGGCGGCGGGGAAGGCGCAUGA